AUGGCAGACCUAGAUGCCAUGAGGGCGGAGAAGCUGGGGGCGCCCCCCCAUCAGCUGGACGUGGAGGAGGCGAAGACAGCAGAGAUCCAGAAGCUGCAGCAGGAGCUGGAGGGAGCAAUGAAGAAGGUCGACGAGGCACACGCAGAAACCCUGGCAGCAAGGGCGGAGACACAAGCAGCAAAGGCGGAAAUUCAAGUAGCAAAGGCAGAGACACGAGUAGCCAAGGCAGAGACACGAGAAGCCAAGGCAGAGACACAGGCAGCAAAGGCAGAAACACAAGCAGCCAAGGCAGAGACACAAGCAGCAAAGGCGGAAAUUCAAGUAGCCAAGGCAGAAACACAAACAGCCAAGGCAGAGACCGGGAGGCUGUCUCUUAAAAUGGCAGCAGUGGAGGCGGAGGUGAGGGAGGAGAUUGGGAAGAGGGAGCGGCUGCUGGAGGAGACGCAGGAGGAGCUGCGCAAGGUGCAGGAGCUGUGUGCGCGACUGGAAGAGCAGGUGAAGAACGCGGAGCAGGAGAACCAGGUGCUGCGUCAGCAGGCUCUGUCAGCAGCCAUGCCAGCACCUGAAGCACCUGAAGCACCUGAAGCGCCUGAAGCACCUGAAGAACCAGAAGCACCUGAAGCACCGGAAGCACCUGAAGCACGGCAGACUAUGCUGCACCCACCCCCAGCGUCCCCUCAGGGCACCCCUGCCACGCCCAGUGAUGAGGAGAGCGAGCGGCUGAAGCAUCUGAAUGAUGUUGAGACGAAAGACCAAGAGCCUCUUCGCUGCCCUAAUCAGCACCCACCAGAGUCCCCUCAGGGCACCCCAGCCACGCCCAGUGAGGUGGAGAGCAUGCGGCUGAGGCAUCUGAACGGCCGGCACCGACUGACGCAAGAGCAGGAGGCUCUUCUACAGGUGAUAGUGAGCGAGGUGGGGUUUGACAGCAGCCGGCCGGUGGUGGCGUGUGUGACGUACAAGGCGCUGCUGCACUGGCGGUCGUUUGAGGCGGAGCGCACGAGCGUGUUUGACCGCAUCAUCCAGACCAUCGGCUGCACCAUCGAGAACCAGCAGAGCAACCAGAGGCUGGUGCUGUUCCUGCUGCACCGCUCGCUCAAGGCGAGCGGGGGGGAGGGGCCGCAGGCACAGACAACCCAGUUUGACCGCAUGUCCCAGAGCGUUCAGGGUUGCCCCGCGACGCCGACAGGAGUGGUGGGGGCGAGCGGGGGGUUGGAGCACAUUCCCCAGGUGGAGGCUAAGCACCCGGCGCUGCUGUUCAAGCAGCAGGUUGCGGCGUAUGUGGAAAAGACCUACGGGUUGAUUCGAGACAAUGUCAAGAAGGAGAUCUCACCCACUCUUGCGCAGUGCAUUUGUGCGCCGCGCAUCUCCCGGGCGGCGUACGGGCGGCACUCGUCUCACAGGGGGGCGCCAGCGGCCACAGCCACGCACGCCCUGAGCUCGCACUGGGGCAGCAUCAUCGCCACGCUCACCACACUGCUCACCAUACUCAAAGCGAAUCACGUGCCGUCCUUCCUCGUGCGCAAGCUGGUUACUCAGAUCUUCUCCUUCAUCAACGUGCAGCUGUUCAACAGUCUUCUCCUGCGUCGCGAGUGCUGCUCCUGCAGCAACGGCGAGUACGUGAAGGCAGGCCUGGACGAAUUGGAUCACUGGCUGCAGGAGGCCACUCACGAGUACACGGGCAACGCGUGGGAGGAGCUUAGGCAUAUCCGCCAAGCCGUGGGCUUUCUGGUGAUACGCCAGAAGCCCAAGAAGAGCAUGCAGGAGAUCACAUCAGACCUCUGCCCAGCGCUGAGCGCCCAGCAGCUGUACCGCAUCAGCACCAUGUACUGGGACGACAAGUACGGCACUCACACCGUGUCCUCUGAGGUCAUUUCGGAGAUGCGGCGGCGCAUGAGCGACGAGAACAGCGCGUCUGUCAGCAACUCGUUCUUGCUGGAUGAUGAUAGCAGGUGGGUGCGAAGAGGUGGGGACGAUUCCAUGUGGGUGCAAAGCGGUGGUGAUGAUUUGAUGUGCGUGUGCACUCCGAGGGUUGAGACGAAGGGGAAUGCUUUGAGGCGUGUCAAAGAAAACUCAUGCCACCAUCUCAGCCUUGUUGGACGACGAUUUGACGCGUUUUGA